AUGGCGGCCGAAGGAAAGAGGAGACAGCGACCUGGGAUUUGUAGUCCAUACGCUAAGACUACUCCCUACGGAAACGGGGGAAAGGACUACAAUAAGAUGGCGGCCUAUCACUCGCCCUCUGCGCCAGUGCCUGCUGGGGGACCCGCCCUCUGCCUGCUGACCUUGUUGCUGCCACUCCGCAGUCUGGGAGCCCCCAUCUCCCCGGCUGAGCCCAUCAGCCAAGCCUACAGCCUGGCACUCUACAUGCAGAAGAAUACUUCAGCACUGCUGCAGACUUAUCUCCAGUGCUAAGGCAGCCCCUUUAGUGAUCCUGGCUUCUCAGCCCCAGAGCUCCAGCUCAGCAGCCUGCCUCCUGCCGCCGUCUCCUUCAAGAGCUGGCAUGCGCUGAAUGAUGGGAGCUGGCAUGCGCUGAAUGAUAGGGAGCGUCUGAGCUGUGCCCAGGGGGCCUUCCUGGCCUUGACCCAGCACCUCCAGCUCGUGGGGGAUGACCAGAGUGACCUGAACCCUGGCAGUCCCAUCCUUCUGGCUCAGCUCGGGGCUGCAAGACUCAGGGCCCAAGGCCUGCUGGGCAACAUGGCUGCCAUCAUGACUGCCCUGGGCCUGCCUAUCCCCCCAGAAGAGGACACUCUCGGGCUUGUCCCCUUUGGGCCCUCGGCCUUCGAGAGGAAAUGUCGAGGUUAUGUAGUAACCUGGGAAUAUGGCCAUUGGACUGACCAAGCUGUGAGGGACUUGGCUCUGCUCAAGGCCAAAUACCCUGGGUAG